AUGGAUACAAAUACACCACCUUCAAUAAAAGUAUUUAAUAUAGAUAAUAAUGGUAAUAGUAAUAAUAACAUAAAUAGUAAUAGUAAUAAUAAUGAUAGUAGUAAUAGUAAUAGUAAUGAAUGUGUAGAUGUAUCUCCUGUGUUGUCAUCGUCUUCAUCAACAUCGUCAUUGAUGAAUGAGCUUCAUAUUAGUUCAGCUGUAAAUCUAUUACAAGAACAACAGCAUCAGCAACAACAACAGUUAACAUCAACUUCACCUACACCACCCUCAAUAUUAACACCACCAUUACCUUCAACGACAACGACAACAGAUACAAAUGCAUCAGUUGUAGCUACUUCCACACUUAGUGUUAAUACGAACAACAAUAACAAUAAUAGUAGUAGUAGUAAUUCAUCAUCUGCACCACCAUCACCAAAUAUAACAUCAACAUCAUCAUCGCUUCCAAUGGAUGGUAGCAAUGUAAAUAAUAAUAAUAAUAGUAAUAGUAAAACGAGCUCAUCACCAUCUACAACUACAGCAACAUCUUCAUCAUCUUCAUCAUCAUCAUCAUCAACAGGAUCAUUAGCAUCGAUUGACUAUGGUAGAUUCCUAAGAGAUAUAGAGUCAAUGGCAAUUAGAAACGAUAAUGCACCAUUGCGUGCCUUACAAACUUUGGUCGAGCAUCUGUCAGCGAUCAACACCAAUCACGUAUCCAUAGAGUCUUCUCAGCAAUUCUUAGUUUGGAUACCAAGAUAUAUAUAUGCUGCAUUCAAUUUAAAGAUAUUCACACCAGAACUCAAACAACAUUUCAAUCGAUUCAAAUGGAUCUACCGGAUCUCUGGAUUGGAUUUGCACGACUGUGUUUCUCGAUCACCUGAUGAGCAAGUCAUUCUCAGUGUUGAAACUAAAGUCGAUUCUCAAGAGUUUUAUCUAUUUGAAGGAUCGGCCAAGUACAUCAACAACGAGCAAUUGAAAGCAGCUGGAUUCAGUGGAUUCGGUGGAUUCCUAAAGAAUAAGCAGAAACCAAAGACAAAGGAUUCUUCUAGUUCGAAUGGUGGUGGAAGUGGCGGUAGUGGAGUUGGAAGUGGAUCGUCCAAUGGUGCAGCCAGUAGCAAUAUUAAUAAUCCAUAUAUAAACGGUGGUGGUGGAGUUGGUAAUGGAUCGUCCAAUUCCAAUGGUGGUAAUCACAGUUCCAAUAGUAGUGGAAGUGGUUCCAGCAGUAGCAGCAACAAUUCGAGCAAUGGAUCCAAUAGCAAUACAAGUGGAUCAAACAGUGGCAUUGGUAGUGGUUCAUCGAGUAACGGAAAUAACAGCGGUAACAGCAACAACAAUGGUCCUGCAAUCGAUCAACAAUUACUCUUGAAUUGGAUAUUGAAACAUGAGAUUGUCGAAACAUUCUGUAAGAUAUCCGAUCAACCCGACAUCAUUAGACAUGGUCUACCAGUAAUGAUCUUUCUCUGCCAAUUUGGUAAACUUGAAAAUCAUCAGUUAGAAUUACUUUGGAAUUCUUCAAUUGGUAAACAUGAAUCAGUUAGAAGUACAAUUUACAAUGCAUUGUUAGAGUUGUUUGGGUAUUUGCAUUUGGAACAGUUGGACUAUUUCUAUGAGUAUUUCAACAAAUCGAUUGUAGGAUUCAAGUCGGUAGAGUUUGACAAUGAUCUAUUGCAGUUUAUCUAUAAUCUAUCGAUGAUUGCUAUCCAACAUCCAGAGAAUGUAGGUUCCUCAAAGAAAUCGUAUGGUCUCGAUUUGUUUUGGAAGUUGUUACAGGAUCGCGACCAGAAUAUUACAUUUGGUCACGGUGACAAUGUUGCGCAAUCGCUGAUCAAUAGAUCCAAGACAUUCUUGGUGUCGCUGCUACGACUCCAAGAGUGUGCAGCACUGCGAAUGACUUAUAUUGAGCUGGCCAUUGAGAAUAUCAAGACAUUCCAGUCGGUCUAUCAGUCACUCUCACUGAUUGUCAACAUCGUCGAGUUGUUUGUCAAGAAACAACGUGCCACCAUAGAGUCGCUGGAAAACAAGUACAAGCUAUUCGACUUGUUCUUCAAGGAGAUUGCCAACUUUAAGAAAGUGAUUGCACAGCGUUCAUCGACACUGUCGUUCUCCUCGUUGGAAGGCGUCAACUAUAACAUCCUCUAUGGUAGUUUCCAGCAUCUACCUCAGAUUCAAGCGAGAUUCGAAUUUCUCGAGUACAUACUCUCACAGUCGUCGAUCAUGUUGAACAUUGCACAGCUCGAUAUCCUCUGGGAAGCGUUUGUCACCGGUGCUAUCACUCCCGAGGAGAAAGAAGCAUGCUUCAUCUGGUUGAAGAAUACAAAGAUACAGGGAAAGGAGAGAAUUGCAUUCCCCGAGCAGGUCGUUCGUUACCUCUUCUUGGACAAGAUGGCCAAUCUCGAUUGGUCGAUAAUGGGACUGAGUUCGUACUCGGUGUUUGAACGUUAUUUCCUCUAUGUGAAUGAGCGAUCCGGUAAGAUAAAGAAGAUUGCCAAUUCCAUUUUCACAGGUGAUCUGUUCUCCAAUCAGCUGGGUUUGCCAAGUAAUAAACCGAAAGCACUACAACUACAAGGACAACAGCAAUCGACAAACUCAAAUCAGCUGCAACCAGGACAACAAGGACAGCAAUCUUCAUCACAAUCGAUGCAACCUCCACACUCACCUUCACUCUCACCCACUACUUCACCUUCGUUCCACUCUGCCAAUGGAUAUCCCUACCAGAACUGUGGCGACAGCACUCAGCCAUCGGACUACUACUUGGUUUCACUGGAUCUUCUGGGAAUCCAACAGCUCUGGUCGGCAGCACUGGGAUCACUCAAUCUCGAUGUAAGUGACCAGGCUAUCAACACUCUGAAUACACUGUAUCAAAGUGGCAACGACAAGGGAAGCAGCAAGUUCAAGGAUGAAUACCUUCGUGUCUGUAUGGAUCACAUUGUAAAGUCACUGAACGCCAAGAACAACCAACAAACAGUAUCACACACCUCUAUCAACCGUAUUUGUCGUGCACUCUUUAUGAUAAAGACAUUUGCAAACACAGAGAGUAACAAACAAUCGAAAGACGAUGCCGCUGCCAAGCUAUCGAAUUGCACACCUGCCAACGCCGACAAGCAAUAUCCAUAUCUUGUCAAGUUGGAUCGUGGUGAUUCCUAUGCCAUCACCGACAUCACCGGUACCGACACACUGAGAAUGUUCAAACGAAAGGUUGCAGCGAUCUACGGUAAUCCCAGACCCGCCGUAAGAUCACUCAGAAUAUUUUUGGGUGACAAAGAGUUGAAAGACGAUGAUAAAUGUAUGGAUGAACUAAAGAUAUUCGAUUCCAAUGGUGCUCAACAAUAUACAUUAUUAGUUAAAAGAAAUAGUUCAUCAAAUAUUAGCAGCAACAAUAAUAAUAGUAAUACAACUACCACCACUACUACCAACAAUAGUAAUAACAAUGGAAAAGAGGAUACCAACAACAAGAAAGAUAAAAAAUCAAAGAAAGACAAGAGUGACAAAGGAAAGUCAGGUGAUUCAUCAAAAGACAGUGAGUAUGUUGAUGAUGAUGACGAUGACUAUGUAGAGGUACUCGAUGAUACUCCAAUUGUUUCGAUGGUAUUGGAAUCUAUUCAACACCAACUCGGUGGACUUGGUCUUACUGGUGAUCUUCAACUUCGAAAGGUACAAGAAACCAAAUCAAAGGUGGUUGCCGGUCGUGGUAAAAUCGAGAACUCUCUUGCUAUUCUCAUUUCGAAACCACAGUAUUUCGAUCAAAUAUUCAACCUAUUGGAUUUCGACAAUGAGAUUGCAGAGGGUGCUUGGAAUGUAGUAUCAGAACUUCCAAUGAAUACCAAAGUUGUAAAUGAAAUUAAAAAUUUCAAAGAAACUUUAAUUCCAAAUAAUUCAAUUUAUAAAUCUAUUUAUUAUUUGAAAGCAUUGGAUUCAAUAUUAGAUGGUUCAUUUGAAAGUGGUCAAUCAAAUGCAAACGGUACUUCAAAUAAAUCACCAACCGGAUCCGAUCCAAAUGGUGUGCUUGAAGAGCUAAAGAAUAAUUUCAUUAAAAAAGGUGCAGUUAUCUACUUGACUCAGAUGCUCAAGGAUAUAACUAUCGUUCCAGAUCGUGGUCAUUUGAAACUAUUCAAUUUGUUAUUAAAGAAUCUAUUUACAUUGUCAUUAAUUAAUACAAAUGAAUUAUCAUUGGUACCAAUGUAUAUUUUCAAGAGAGAAGCUGUUCCAAUGUUUGAAUCUCCACAGUUCAUUACGAAAUUGUUUCAAUUGCUAUCGUCGGCUGCAGAUUUACAGGUGUUGUUGAAUGGCAAUGCAAACGAGUCGACUUUCAAUGAUUUUAAUUCGAUGUAUUACUAUGCGGAACAAUUCUUUUGUCUACUCUCUGAACUCGUCAAUAUCGGUUAUCCAACAAGUAACUCACCUGCACCGUCACCCAAGCAGAAUCAUGAGAAUAUAUUGUUGGACGACAAAGGACAACUUCAAAUUGUUAGCGGUCAACAGAAGAAUCAACAACAACAACAACAACAGCAACAAAAUCAACAACUACAUCCCAAUGACAAUCUAGAGUCACAAGACUUUGUAAAGACGUUGUUGAGCAAUUUGAUAAAGGAAUUAAUGAAUAUGCCUAUCAGGGAGAUCAGCAGUAAUCAAACAAAGGAUCAUAUAUUGGUUGGUAUUUUGAAUAUCAUUCGUAAUCUAUGUCUUUUCAAAACGCCAACUGCCAACGACCAUGGCUUGGAGUUACCACCUCUCUGCAAGACCAAAGAGUCACGACUCUCUUGUUAUCGUCUGAUGAAAGAGUUUGCCAAGAACGAUCACAACAAUUUCUUCUUGAUCGAGCGAUUGAUCAAUGAGGAAAUGGACAGAGUCGAUCCAACGUCCGAUUGGAACUACUCACCGAUCGAUCGUGAGAAAUCAAUCUACAACUAUGUUGGACUAAAGAACCAGGGUACAACAUGUUAUAUGAAUUCACUCCUACAGCAACUCUAUCAUUCAACAUCACUCAAAUAUAGUUUACUAAAUAUUAAAGUACCAACAUUCAAUGAAUUAAUACUUAGAAUUCAACAACAGCAACAGCAACAAUCUACAGAAGGAUCUUCACCACAACCACAACAACAACAACAAACAUCAUCACCACCUCAACAAAAUUCACCAAGUCAAUCAGUACAUCCUCCACAUGUCCAACCAUCACCAGAACAAAUUCAACAAACCAAUUUGUUGAAUCAGGUUCAAUAUCUAUUUAUCUAUCUACAAGAGAGUUCAAAGAGAUAUUAUGAUUCCAUUAAUUUCUGUAAAUCGAUUACCAACUACGAUGGUUCACCUAUAAAUCUUGGUGUACAGAUGGAUGCCUACGAAUUCUUCCAUCUUUUCCUCGACAAAAUGGAAGUGGCACUCAAGAACAUCUCACCGGAACACAAAGGUAUAUUGAAUGAGGCGUUUGGUGGUGUCUUCACCAACCAGUUCAUUCCAAGAGAGUGUUCACAUAGAUCACAUUGUGAAGAGCCGUUCUUUUCGAUCUCUCUGGAAGUGAAAAACAAACGGUCUGUUUUGGAAUCUCUAGACCUCUUUGUACAAGAGGAAAGUCUAAAAGAUUACAAAUGUGAUUCGUGUAACUCAAAGAUUGAAAUCUCCAAACGUUGUCUCAUCGAUAAACUACCAAAUACACUUAUCCUACAUUUAAAGAGAUUUGAAUUCGAUUUGGAAAAUAUGAGAAAUAUUAAAUUGAAUGACUAUUGUGAGUUCCCACAACAAAUUAAUAUGGCACCGUAUACAAAGGAAUCGGUUGAACAAUCUAGUGAUGGUGGACCUGCUAAUGGUGUGACAAAGAAAUCAUCGGUUAUCAAUCAUCUCUACGAGUUGAAUGGUAUUGUUUUGCAUCAGGGUACCGCUGAUUCCGGUCAUUAUAUCACAUUGGUGAAGGAUGCCACCGGAAAUUGGUUCGAGUUGAACGAUACAUUCGUUCUGCCGUAUGACUUCCGUCGGUUGGAACAAGAUUGCUUCGGUGGUUUCGAUGAUGUCAAAGAGUUUGACAAGGUACAACAGAAACAAGUGAUGGUGCGUAGACCCAAGACUGGCAAUGCAUAUAUGUUGUUCUACAAGCGAUCCGAUAACUCGAAUGACCAUCAUUCCCAAUGCAAACCGAUCGCUCCAGCCGCCAAAGAAGCAAAGAUACCAAAAGAAGUACUUGAAACCGUGUGGAACGAGAAUAGAUCAUUCCUCUUGGAGAAAUAUCUAUUCGAUAGUGACUUUAGUACUUUCAUAUGGGAUAUCGUUAAUUUGAAUCACGAUCCAACAUUCGAUCCAGUUAUUCCAACCAAAUCGACAACCGUACAUUCAUCUGCUAAUCAAUUGACUAUAUUGUCAAGUAUUAAAUUAACAACUAGAUAUAUUAUCGAUAUCUAUUCACAUUCCAAAGAAAGAAAUCUGUUGGAUGUGUGGGCUUAUCAUUUGAAGCGUUUGAUGAGGGAGAGUAUUCAAGGUGCCGAGUGGUUCAUUCGUUACUUAAUCGAUAAGAAUCUUUUGAAAGGAUUACUUCUUGGUUGUUUCUUUGAAAAGACAAGACAAACCUUUGUAGAUAUAAUAACAUUUGCCAUUUUAUUAAGAAAGAAUACUUUGGCAGAACAGCAGCAACAACAACAAUCUACAACACCUCCCAAAGAUAUGAUGUCCACUACAAUGGUUAGUUUCUAUAAUACUCUUAUAUCGUUGACCAAGAGUAUUCGUGACUAUCCGAAACGAACUAUUCAACAGCUGUUCUCUCUCCUGUUGAAUGUCAUCACUAUCAACGAAAAGGAGAAAGAAUAUAUCCUACAGCGUGGUACCUACAUGCCAAAUUCUAUUGGUGGUUCCACCGGUAUUAUUAGUAACUCUUCUAAUUACCAACCGGCAAUGUAUGGACAAUCAAGUGGCACUUCUUCGCACUUGGGAGGACACCCGAGUGCACCGUCAUUCCACAAUGCAAUCUAUGAGAACUUGGAGACACCUCAGUCCAAUACAACCUACCGUAUUCAACCGCCAGCUGGUUCACCUCGCCAUUCACUUGUACUCUCUGAAACCACUUUGGUUGCAAUUCUCUCCAAGAGUUUCCUACUAAAGUUGAUAAAAGAAAAUGGUUGGUGUGAGAGUGUCCGACAACUCAUAGGUCAUCUCUCAUGGAACAAUCGAUCGAUUUCCACACACUUUUUCAAUAUCAUCAAAGAAAUACUGCUUAAAUCCAGUCCUAACAUCUAUCAAUAUGUAUAUCCAUCGCUGACCAGUCUACUGGAGAUCAAAGAUCCACAAACAGAGUGGAGAAUCGAUACAAUAAUGCAAUCAUUACUUAAACUUCCUGAAAGCAUGAUUUACAGUCCAGAAGGUCAUGAUCACUUUGUAAGAUAUCUUUCCUCAAUUGCAGUGUCUAAUCCUAAACAGCCAAGUUUAAUUGUGUCUGAAGAAUUCAAUGCUUGGCGAAUCAAACACAAAGAUGCAAUAUCGAAACUCAUUAAAGAUGGCUAUUAUAAAUAG